AUGAAGGUGGACAAGGUCCAACUCGGCGACUUGAGCUCCCUUUCGACGGCAAAGCUCAAGCAGUACCACACCCUCGCAUACGACGUCGCGGGAUCCGGCAAAAAGGCGGAUUACGACGCAAAAGAUCUUUCUUUGAACCUGCGACGGGAUCUGGACAUCUUUGGCUACGACCACGUCUGCAAGUCGAUGCAAAGUGCGCAAGCAGACCAUCCGCUUGCGUUUUCGACACGUGGCAAGAUUCCCCAGGAGAUCAAAGACCCCAACCGCCUCACCCACCUGGAACACCUCGCCCCCGUUUUCCAAAAACCGACGGGUCAGCCAACGUUCCAAGCCCCUAGUCAGAGCGUUUCCUCAGUGGGGUCUCUUUGCUAG